AGAUGUAAAGAAAUGGCAGAAGUGUACUGUUCAAUUUUUGUUUAAGAAAAAGACAACAUAAAACGCACAUAAAAGUUUUGCGUUUCGACUGCAAAUUUGCUCAGGAGGUGCUUUCUUCUUCCCCUAAGCACCCCUGAGAUUCACUUUCCAAAACCCUUCCUAGUAGAUUUUAAUAAACAUUCAAAAAAAAAAAAAAAACAAUUUCGAUUUUCCGUUUCAUUUCAAUGGCUUCUGAUAGCUUCGCCGACAAGAACGCCGUGUUCAGAAAACUCAAAACCAAAUCCGAAAAUAAGACUUGUUUUGAUUGCAAUGCGAAGAAUCCAACUUGGGCUUCUGUAACUUAUGGGAUCUUCCUCUGCAUUGAUUGCUCUGCUGUUCAUCGGAGUCUCGGUGUUCACGUCAGCUUUGUGAGAUCUACAAACUUAGACUCAUGGACUCCUGAGCAACUUAAAAUGAUGAGCUUUGGAGGAAACAGUAGGGCACAAGUUUUCUUUAGGCAGCAUGGUUGGAACGGCGAUGGUAAAGUAGAGGCAAAGUAUACUUCCAGAGCUGCAGAUUUGUAUAAGCAACUGCUUUCAAAGGAAGUUGCUAAAAGCAUGUCUGAGGAGGCUGCCUUGUCUUCAUCACCUGCUGCUUCUUCGCAAUCUGCCGAAGGGGAAGGUGCUAAUGGACUUCCUGAUAUUAAGACAAAUGAAGUACCGAAUGAAAAACCUGCGGAGAAGCCAGAAAAGACUGAGAGCACUUCUUCACCUAGAGCUUCAUAUACUGCAGUUUCCAAUAAUUUGAAGAAGCCUAUUGGAGCCAAAAAAACUGUUAAGAGUGGGGGGCUUGGAGCCCGUAAGCUCACUAGAAAGCCAAGUGAGUCGCUCUACGAGCAGAAGCCUCAAGAACCACCUGCUCCAGUUUCAUCAACAACCAAUAUCAACUUGCCAUCUGGGCCAUCUCUAACAUCUCGGUUUGAGUAUACAGAAAAUGUCGAAUCGUCUGAGUCGAAUUCUGGAGGUUCUAAUGUAAUCAGUCAUGUAUCUGUACCAAAGUCAUCAAGCUUCUUUUCUGACUUUGGAAUGGAUAGUGGCUUUCCCAAGAAAUCUGGGCCAAGCUCCUCAAAAGUGCAAAUUCAGGAAUCUGAUGAAGCCAGAAAGAAGUUCUCAAAUGCUAAAUCUAUUUCUUCAUCCCAAUUUUUUGGAGAUCAGAGCAAGGCCGGAGAUGUGGAUGCUCAAGCUACUUUAUCAAAGUUUUCUGGUUCAUCUUCCAUUUCCAGUGCCGAUCUUUUUGGCGACUCAAGAGAUAACUCUGUUGAUCUUGCUGCUAGUGAUCUUAUCAAUCGAAUAUCUUUCCAGGCACAACAAGAUAUCUCUUCCCUCAAGAACAUUGCAGGAGAGACUGGGAAAAAACUCACCUCCUUGGCAUCGUCCUUGAUGACAGAUCUUCAGGACCGAAUUCUCUGAAGUUGUAUGUUAUGUAUUUAAGAGAACUUCUGGUGUUAAAUACUGAUACCAGCCGUUAUGUUUUGAAUGUAAUAGAAGAGUUCAAUAGAUACACAUUUUUUUAUGAACACAAAAUAAGAUACUUCAUAUUCAGGCUUGUCAUUUAGAUAUUGUGGUGCUUUUGAUUUUGUAUAACAGGUACUGUUUUAAGGUUGGUAAUAUGUUUUAGAUGGUUUA